AUGUCUGACCUCCCAGGAUUUCCAAACUACUUCAAUCUCACCGGCAAAGUCGCCCUGGUGACUGGAGGAUCCCGCGGUAUCGGCCUGCAUAUAGCAACGACGUUUCUGAGAGCCGGCGCGAAAACCGUUAUUAUAACAGCGCGCAAAGCACCCGGCGUCGAGCAGGCGGUCGCUCAGCUCAAUGCUCUGCCCGGAAUCCAGGGCAAGGCGAUUGGCAUCCCGGGAAGCGCCGCCGAGACCGAUGAAAUCCAGGCCUUGGUCGACAAGGUAAAAGGAAUCGAGCCAAAGCUCGACAUCCUGGUCGCCAAUGCCGGGGCGACAUGGGGCGGUCCGUUCGAGACGUCCCCGGACUGGGCGAGCAAGAAGGUCGUCGACCUGAAUGUCCGCGGCGUCUUCAACCUCGUGCGCUUAUUCCUCCCCCUCCUUGAAGCGGCCGGGUCGCACUCGUCUCCCGCUCGCGUUGUCAUCGUCAGCUCUGUCGCCGGCUCCGUCGUUUCCCAUGGCGGCGACAACGGGACCAUCAUGUACUCCAUUUCCAAAGCAGCGGCGACCCAUCUGGCCCGCAACCUCGCUGUUGAGCUCGGUCCAAGAAAUAUUACGGCGAACAGUCUCUCGCCCGGCUUCUUUCCGUCGAAGCUGGCGAACGGGUUGAUCGAGAUUCUGGGUGGUGAGAAGGAGCUCAAGAAGGCGAACCCACGACAGCGAUUGGGUGUGCCAGAUGAUAUCGGCGCGGCGAUCCUGUUCUUGGUUGGACCCGGGGCGAAUUAUGUGAACGGGGUUGAUCUGAAGCUGGACGGGGGGGCAAAUCUGGCGAGAGGGGGCAUGGCUCAGGCAAAGCUCUAA